GUUGGCUUAGGAACUCGUGACAACUUGGUGUUUUGCUGAAGUGGCGUUUUGGAUGUCUUAAGGACACACAAAUUAAUUCAAUACUGAUUCAUAAUGGAGGAGGGAUCAGGGUUGGAAUCUCUCAUCAACCAAAGAUUAACACGUCCAUCUUAUAGCAGAAUGGUUUCAUGGGAAUUUUCAAAUCAACAGGAGGUAAAUCCCGUGAAAAGGAAGAGAAGACGAUCAAAAAAGCAUUCAAAUGUUGAUGAGGAGGUAAAUUUUUCUGUAUCAUCAGCGGAUGAGGAUGAAAGUGAUGUGGUAAUUCAAAGCACAACAUCACCUGGUCCAGAACUGUGUGUUUCUAGUUCAGAUGAUGACUGUUUGUAUUUUUCUGCAGAAGAAACAAUAUCAUCUGAUUCAGAUAGUGUAGCCCAGAUCAAUCAAGGGCUUACCUCCCUUGAUAUAGAAGAAAUUUCAACCAAAGAUAGUGGUAGCAGUAAAGAAGACAGUAUAGCUGUCAGUCAGCCACCUCAGGAAAAAAAACAUGCUCCUAGCAAAAAGCAGAAACGUAAAAGACGAAAGUCUAAGAAUUCUUAUGUUUUGCAUGCAGGGGAAAUCUUAUCGGUGAUGGAAAUUGACAUUGAGCCAGACAUCAUUGGUGAAACCCACGAAUUGGUGGAAGAAAGUCUUGCCUGCAUAGAGAAGGCAGUUCCUUCUUUAGUUGAACUUUGUUUAAAUUGCACACGCAGAAGAAAAGUGAAUGUACAGCUUCCAAAAGGACUUAAGAACAUGGUGCAACAUACUAACAAAGAAUUCACUUUCCGAAAAUUUCAAGUGUCAUGGUUACAGAACGAAUUUUCUAAAUGGCAGCCAUUUGAAAUGAAGAAGCCUAUACUGUUCUUUGCCAUCUAUGCUGACAGUGAUGAUUGGGGGUGUGAGCCAGUAUACAAAUGUCUUUUACCUACUAGAAAUAUAUGGAAUAACGUGUUUUAUCCACAGUAUUUGUCCUCUUAUUUGCAAUCUCAAUAUGCCUGCAGUAAAACUUCCUCCAUCUUGCCAUUCACAUUUGUUACAAAUCCCUGUUGUUGGCAGGAUGAUCAUGACAGCUACCAAUUUGUCUUCCAGCAAAGAUUCCUUGGAUGUUUAGCCACACUUGUGGAUCUCAUGAUGCCUGCUGUAUUGAUUGAUAGAAAUGUUGGAGACAGUGAUGAGUGCAUAUCAGAGUCAGAGCAAAUCUUGGCGGCUACUAAAAUAGCCAUGAGGAGAGUGAAAGGGGCUCUAAAUGUCAGGUAA